GCGGCAGCCAAUGAGAGGCGGGAGGGGCAGAGUUACAGCCAAUGGGAGGCGCUGGGUGCUGGUGUCCGGAGGAGUGAGAUUCAGUCCGGCCCGGGGAUGGAGCGGAGUGGGGAGGCAGGUACCCUGGGGCUGCCCCGGGCCUUUCUGCACAGUUUGCGAACACUCUUCGAUAUCCUGGAUGACCGGCGGAGAGGCUCGGUGCACAUCGCGGAGAUAGAGAGCCGCUGGCAGGGUGCGGAGACCCGGGAUCUGCCCCCAGGGGUACUGCAGUGUCUGCGCAGGGUCGCGCCCCCGGAUGGAUACCUCACCUUCGAUCGCUUCGUGCUGGGGCUUCGCGCGUCAAUGCUCCGGCCUCCACCUGGAGCCAACGCCGAGAACUACAGGGAACCGGGGGGCCAACCUGCCGGCAAGAGCUGUGCCUGCAAACCUCCUCCUCUGGGGGUGCGUUACCCAAAUGUGCAGCAGGGUGGGGAGGUGAAGGGAAUGUGCCGGUCCCGCAGCGAGGCCACCAGAGACGGACUGACGGACCAGUGCAAACACCAGCGCGGCCGAGGGGAGCCCAGGAGACACACCAUUACCAAUGGGGUAGAUUACAGCUUGCUGAAGAAGAUGAAAGAACUUGAGCAAGAGAAGGACUUCCUACUGCAGGGGCUGGAGAUGGUGGAAAGAGCGCGAGACUGGUACCAUCAGCAGAUCCACAUAGUCCAGGAGCAACAGAGGAACCUUGGCAAAACUGAUUAUAACUGUGAGGUAAAGUCCAGUUCCCUAAACCAGCGACUCCCUAAAUUACAGGAGGUGAAUCGUUGCCUGGGGGAGCUGGUUGCCUCUGGGAAGAGCAGUGCUCCCUCCCCACCUACAAAUACAGGACAGGCAGUGGUUCCGGGUGCAUCGGGUCAGCAAGUGCAAGCGGUGACCAUGCUGAAGGAGCAGAACCGGCUUCUCACAAAGGAGGUGUCGGAGAAGAGCGACCGGAUCACCCAACUGGAGCACGAGAAGUCAGCCCUGAUCAAGCAGCUGUUUGAGGCCAGAGCUCGUAACAUCCCGGAGUCAAACCCAAUGGACUCGACAUUCAUAUGAACUGCGGUGGGACUGGCGGAAAUGACUGUACCUAGUGACAUUUGAUUGGUUGUUGAGCAGCUGCUUUAGUGAUUGGCUCACUGCAUUCCCAUGAUGCACGACUUGGCCCCACUGAUGCCCCUCUCCUUUGUACAACAUUGGUCCCAUUGCCGGUUGCAUUCAGCGGUACAGCCCGUCGGCCAGAGCCUUUCUUGCACCGUCACACUCCCAUCUGGUUUGAGACCCAAUUGGACCUCACUGAUCUUCUUUUUACAGACUGGCAUUCUGUAUCCGCACAAACUGUCGCCUCCCUAACGAUAUGGAGGGUCCUUAUACAAUGUUUACACUACACUUGGACUUGUUUUUUAAUCCCUAGAAUUUCCGGUAUUGAAUCGCUAGCAGAAAUGAGUAGGCGGAGCUUUGCCUGUGUAAACGGCACAACUUAACUUUGCACUGAAAAACCAAGAAACUGCCUGAUCUUAGUUACUGACUUCCUAGCAUUGGGGUGAUAUGGGGGCACCGACCCCCUGUCCUUUCAUGGAUUCUACAGUAUCCCCUAUGGCCCAAACUUCACACAGGAUCACCAUGCUUGGGAGCCUGAGAACCCCAUAAACUCUCUGCACAUGGACACAAUUUCCAUCUUUCUACUUCCAGUGGCUUCUGCAUUUGUGUUUCUUUGUUUUCUUUUAGACUCUGUUUAACUGAUUCUCAUAAAUAUCUCUUUCUA